ACUGAAGUCUGAAUGUAGUGUUUAAAUUCUCAUUGGUGGAAACCAUUAACCAGAAUACAUUGUGAAUUUAUUUAUAAUUUAUAUUUUAAUGUAAGAUAAUUAGAAAAUAUAAUGUUACGAGUCUUACAUAAAACCAUCAAUAUUAAACAAAGGUGUUUCUCACAAACUCUCUUCAAUCAUUUAGAAACAUCACAAUAUGUAAAGCUUAACCAAAUAUCAUUAUCAAGAAAUUUUUCCACAAAACUAAACGAAGACAAUCAAUUGGAACGCAUUUAUUAUGGGCCCUUAACUCCUCAGAUUAAAGGAGUGAAGUUUUUCUCUUUAGGGUCUAGUAUAGCAGGUCUUAUAGCACAACCAAUUUUAAUAAAAGAAGCUUCAACUAUUGGCAGCACAUCACUAUUAAUUGCAAUAUGUUCAGUAGUAGGUUUCUUUACCUUCGUUACGCCAAUAUUAUUACAUAUUAUAACUAAGAAAUAUGUAACUGAAGUUCAUUAUGAUGCUGCUACAUCAACUUAUACAGCAACUACAUUUAAUUUCUUUCUAGUUCGUAAAAAGAUAAGCUUUAAACCAGAUGAUGUAGAAGUACCAGAUAUUCCAGGAAUGUUUACUACAAUGUUUGCAAAGGGUAAACCACUGUUUAUUGAAGCAAGGCAUUUUGAUGAUCCUUUGCACUAUGCAAAAAUAAUGGGCUAUGAUAAGCCUAUUGACUUUAAACUAGGUGAAACAGAUAAUGAAGAUAUUAAGAAAUAACCAUUUCAUAUAAUUAUAUAGAUAUUAGAAUAAUCAUAUUUAUUUAUUAUUAUAUUGUUUAAAAUACUAUGUGUUAAUUUAAAAACUCCAUUUAAUUUUUUUUUAUGGAAUAGGACAAACAACCAUAUGGGUCACCUGGUGUUAAGUGAUCACCGCCACCCACAUUAUCUUGCAACACCAGAGGAAUCACAAGAGUGUUGCCGGCCUUUAAGGAAGGUGUACACGCUUUUUUUUAAGGUACCCAUGUCGUAUUGUCCCGGAAACACCGUACAAGGAAGCUCAUUCCACAGCUUCGUAGUACGACGAAGAAAGCUCCUUGAAAACCGCACUGUGGAGGACCGCCACACAUCCAGGUGGUGGGGAUGAUAUCCUAACUUGUGGCGUGUCGUGCGAAGGUGGAAUUUUAUCACAUUCAACAGCUCUUUGAAAAAUGACUGAUAAUUGCGAGUUAGUGAUAAGUUAUAGAUUAAAAUAAAUAAACACAAUAAGUAAUUA